AUGAAUAUAUCUGUUUCAGCGAAUAAUAUUAAUUUUGUACGGAAUCAAACAAGUGAUGCUCUUUUCGAUAAUGGAUCGGAUGAUGAUGUUAUCGAGGUCGUUAGAGACGAAGCGCCUAUAGAAAUAUUAUCUGAUGGCGAAGAGUUAGAAAUGGAACAAUCUAACCAAGCUAAUUUAAACUCAUUUUCAGAAUCUUUCAGUUUUGCCAAUCCAAAUGCUUUAGAAACCACUAUUGAAGAAAAAUUGAAUGAAUUGGAAGAUCCACUGAAAAGUUUGUGCGAAAUAGAAAACACUUUUACGAUAACCGAUCAGAUAAUCGUAGAGCCCAACGUCACAGAUCUACACGAGACUACAUCUUUAGAAGAUUCAACUAAGCUAGACGAAAAAUCAAACCAUGAUAGUAGUGGCGAGAAUUGUUUUAUAAAUGUCACUGACGUCGGGAAUAGUACGGAAAACGACGCAGAAAAGCUAAAACAGAAAGUUCAAGAAGAGUUAUCAAAUGAAAAAGAAGCAAAUACAAUUAUUUCUAAUGUUCCUAUUGACAGUGAAACUGCUAUUAAUAAUGUAAGGCAAGAG